UCCCCUCUCACGCACACACACAGCUCUGGUCCUCACUCACACACUGUUUCUAUGUGACAGACAGGAGGGGUGUCACUGUGAUCAGUGGAGUGGGAGGCAGCUGUCACCAGGACUCUCAGGAAGAAGGGGGGAUAAGUAUCACCAAAAUAUAGAGAGUCAAGAUGGGGGAAACACUGCUGUACAGUCAACGUCUGCAUGGAAUCACUGAGAAACGCAGAAUCCUUACUGAAAUUGACACAAUACAGAGGGAGUUGGAACAGCAGAAACUCAAAUUGCAACAACUUAAGAGAAAAUCCCUACGAGACCGCUGGUUAAUGGAUGGAUUACCUGCUUCCCCUGGGGCAGAAAUAGAGAAUCCCUUUAGUGAGACUGAGGACAGAAUACACCAAUUGCAGGAAGAACUUGAUAGACUCCAAUCUCAAUUGGUCCAUUUGGAAAAUCCUGGAGAAUCUCAGCCAAAAAUAGAAAAAGGAAAGAAUCCUGUCCCACACACUCAGCUUGUCAAUGGAGAGAGACAGGCAACAGAGGAGAAUAAGAGUUCUGAAGAACAGAAGGAAGGUCCAGAAGAGUCAUUUGUGGGUUUCCAGAGAGAGAAGCAAAAUGGAAAUAUUCCUUCAACAGACUCAGAUUCAAAAUUGUCAAUAGAAAUAACAACAGGACACCCCAUACCAGCACCCCGAGGGAAGAAAAUAGAGGCAUCAAAACAGAAUGAAAUAACCCAGAGUCAUAAUCAAGAAGCACCAAACAAAAAGUCAGAAAAUCUGGAUAUACUCCAGGGACCACAAGACCAAGCUGUACAAAAUAUUAAAAAUAUAAACCUAAAAGCAGAACAUCAAAAUCAGACAGCAGAAGAAUUGCACCAAAACCAUGAAAACCAAAACCUGGGACAUGUAGUAAAUCUAGGUUCACAAGAGCAUAAUACAAUUUACUCAAAUACUCUUUCUAGUGCAGAUCAAAAUGAAAAUGUCUUGAACAAAAUUUUCAAUCAAAACUCAGACAGUAUCCUAGAAGAGUCCAAGAUUGAAGAAGAAAAUCAAACCCAAGAAGCAAAUGUAAAAGAAGUGCACUACAAGCAACAGCCAAUACCCAUUCUUAGAGAAGAAAAAAAUAAUCAAGAACCCAUAUCAACAAAUCAAGAUGACAGCCAGGGCAAGAACCAGGAUCAGAACCAAGAUGAAAGCCAUGAGUCACAGUCAGAUGAUCAGAAUAGGAACCCACAGCCAAACACAGAGACAUUGUUAGAGACCCAAGAUAAGAACCAUGAUCAGAAGCAAUAUGAAAAUAAAGAGUCGCCACUGCAGACAGUAGAAAAUAACCAGGAUCAGGAUUAUAAACAAGAUCAGAGUCUUAUACACGAAGAUCAGACUCAUGAGACUUUACCUGUAACAGAAGACCUGAACAAAAACCUAGAUCAUGGCCAAGAGUUACCACCAGUUACUCAUGAUAAGAAAGAAGGCCAGAGGGAAGCAUCACUGGACGUACCUCUAGACAAUGAAAACCAGACUCUAGAAUUAAUGCCAGUGACAGAAGAUCAAAAACAGAGUUAUGAUUCCUCAUCACAAGACCAGAACUCACUACCAACAACUCAAGAUCAAAGCCAAUAUCAAAACCAGAAACAAGAGUUCACAUCAUUGAUAAAUGAAAAUAAUCAUAGCUCAAUACUGUUGUCUAAAGAUCAAAACCAUGACCAGUUGUCAACAUUGCUAGACCAAAAACAAGAAUUCUUUAAGGACCAGGAACAGAACCAAAGCUCUAUACUGCCAUGUAGAGAGGAGAAACAAGUUGCCCAAGUGCAUAUCUCCCAGGUUGUGGUGGUGGCCACCACACCUCCAAAAUUGGACCAGCACUCCUUCACAAAUCAACAGGGCUCAUCUGCCAAUGCUGAGAUUGGUACCACAGCAGGAGGAAACUCCUCUCCAGAAAGCCAGCCACUCCUGCACAAACCCGAAGUCACUAAACCCUCCUCUGCCCAUGGAACCAACACAGCAGAAACACGCAAUGAGAAAAUACGUACUAAGGAGAAGACAUGCCAGUGCUGUGUAGUAAUGUAAGAUGUGAAGGAUUUUGGAGCACUUUUUUUUAUGAGACAGCAAACAGACAUUGCAAAUGACUGUACAAGGGAUAUCUAAGAUACUCCCUAAGAAAUGAAGACAUUUAAUUUUAAAAUAACAAAGUACCUACCAAAAUUUGUGAAAGUGUAUAAAACCCUAAAGAAAAACCAAAUUGCUUUAUUUUAAAGAAUUGUGGAUGGACACUAUAUCCAGUGUAAACCCCCCCAAAAAAACACCAUAAUUAUUUGGACUAUUACUUUAUUAUUCCAGAAUGAUGUAAUCCUGGAAUUAAUACCACAUUGUAUAUAAAUAAAAUACUAAUGAUUGAUAUAGUCAUAUGUGAAGUAAUAGUUGUAUCAGGAUCUUGAUAAUAAAAUGUAUAUUUUUAAAUUAA